CUACAAAAAAAAACCUGGCAAAGCAGGAUUGUUUACAACCAGAGUCAAAGGAUAAGAAUGUUUAAACAAAACCCUUACCCUGAUAGAGCUACCAGGAAAACAGUGGGCGCCAAGGAAAUUGGCAUUCCAGAGUCCAAAAUUCAGAUUUGGUUUAAAAACCACAGAUCAAAACAGAGACAACUGGAAUUUGGAUGCUCCUUAGGAAAAGACGAAACCCAAGGACAACACCAUCAUCAGCCGUGGACUCAAGAAUACUUACCAAAAGCAGCCAGACAAGACUGGACAUCCAUCACAAGAUCUCAAUCACACACCCUAGCUCAAGCCUUUGAGAGGAACCGAUUCCUUGAUACUAUAAUCAGGAAAAAAACUGGUUUUCUAAAGCUUGGAACUGUCACUUUGGUCCAGAUGUGGUUUCAGAACCAAAGAUCCCUAUACCCAGGGCAGAGCGGAAAUGAGUCCAUCAAUUCCUUGGCAGAUGGCCCAAAUGGAAGACCAGGUCUGACAGCUCAGCAGCACCAAAUUAAUCUGUCCACGCUCCUGGGCAGGUCUCAUCAUUUUGCUUCCUCCAGUUCUUUCAGCAGGAACCAAACAUUUCUAUCUGCUCCUCUCCCAUCCCGUGAGUCCUCUGUCCCUUGUGUGAGCCAAGGACCAAGUGUCAUGAUGGUGAAGCCCAUGCAGGGUAUGCAAGGAGAGAAUUCUCUCUCUACUCUGACCCUUAGGAAUUACCUGCCAAUACCCUCGACUUCAGGAAGGGACCUCUCAGAUACUCAGACUCCUUUCUGGCUCCCAAACCAAGAAAAAUGCCAGAAUCAAAAAGAACAGACUGGCACAGGAAUACUGCAGGGGAAGGACUAUUCUGAGCCUUGUCCUGAGCACCAAGAACACCAGCUGCAGGAUCUGGAGCAGGUGGACAUACUUUACGUUCUGCAACAGUGGGAUGAGGUCUGCCAGACUCUAAUUGCAAAAUGGGAUCCUUGAGAAAGGACAUACUGA